CAGAAGUGUACGUACGUACAUGCAGGGCGGGGCGUGGGCGAUUCGGAAUACAUAUAAAGAGAGCGUAGCACGCAGUCCUUGCGGCACUCUCGUAGCACCAUCCACGUCGUAGCACUAGCGUAGCAAUGGCUUUCGGAGACUCGUCACGUGUGGCAGUAGUGUGCCUGGUGCUGUCGUGGUAUGCGCUGGGAGCGCUGUCCGCGCCCGCGCCGCUGUGCGCCGACGCAGCCGAGGGGGACCCCCGCGCGGCGCGUUUCUGUCAAGCACUCAACACCUUCCUGGAGCUUUAUGCUGAGGCCGCUGGCGAGCAGGUGCCAGAGUACCAAGCUCUAGUCCGCGACUACCCACAACUGCUGGACACCGGUAUGAAGCGGCAGGACGUCGUGCACUCGUUCCUGCGUUUCGGCCGUCGCCGCUGACGCGUCCCGCGACCGCUGCGCGCCCGCCGCCUCCACGCAUCCAUAACGCAACCGAUUCGCAGCGACGUGGCUUGAAUAUAUUUGCUUUCAUUUCGUUCAAUAAUGUGAAAUAAACUAGUUUUACUUCGUCCAAAAAAAAAAAUAUAUUAAAAGUUCCUUUCUUAGGUAAGUUCGGUGUUAUUUUAAAUGUUCGAGUCUAUGUAAGGGUAUCCGGAACACUGCGAUUGUAUGACGUUAAACCUCUCUCUCCAAAUUGAAUAGUUACAAACUUAGGCUACGUAUAUGAAGGAUGUAUUUAUUGCUGAAAGUAUUAUAGAUUGUAAGGUGUAAUUAAUAAUCUUGUUGUCAACAUUUUGUGGCAUUUCAUUUUAUAAAUAAGACUAUUGUAAUGUUUUAAAUAAAUACAUAUUUAUGACAAGC